GUUUCCAGGUUCUGGUGGAUGCAUUUUGUCAGGCAGUGAGUAGAAUCACCAAUGCUAAUUACAUGUAUAAUAAUCAACUUUUCACUUGCAGCAAGAAAAGAUUUCAACACAAGUAGUCCUACUAUGUUUGAUAUUCUCUCUGAAAUUUGCACUGAUAAAUUCUUCAGCGCUGACAACGCACCGACUUCAAAAUUUUUGCAUUUACAGUUACUAGCUGUUUGAAAAUUUUCUCCAAAAGGGAGCCAUGCAGAUUUUCCCGUUAAGCGUGAGAAAACUCUGGCACGAAUGGGAGCUGCGCAUGAUGAUUUUACUCAGCCUCUCCUUACAAAUUGUCCUCAUCGUAUUUGGGAAACGGCGAAAGCAUGAUGGUAACGCGUGGGUCAGGAUCCUUGUUUGGAUGACAUAUUUGUCAGCGGAUUGGCUUGCAACUGUAUGCCUUGGCACUCUCUCCAGUAAUCAAGGCGACUCUUUUAAAGAUAAUUUUGUGUAUCCUAGUGACGAGCUCAAGUCAUUCUGGGCACCGUUCCUUCUAUUGCAUCUUGGUGGCCCUGACACCAUCACUGCUUACUCCCUAGAAGACAAUGAGUUAUGGUUAAGGCACUUGCUUGGGCUAGUUGUACAGGUUGCAGUGGUGUUUUAUGUGUAUCUCACAUCUUGGACACGAAGUGGCCUAACCUUUCUAACGAUUCCAGUGCUUAUCGCCGGAAUUAUUAAGUAUGCAGAGAGGACCUGGGUCCUCAGGUCAGCAAGCAGCAAACACUUCAGAGACUCCCUGCUCCCACCCCCGGAUGCAGGACCUGAUUAUGCUGCAUUAAUGGAGAAGAUUAGUGCAAGAGAAGCCCAGAGGUUGCCAAUAAGAAUGUCUAUGUUGAUUGAACCCCUCUAUUUCCGUCUACCCCAGCCCUUCACAACUGAAGCGGGACUUCUAUAUGAAGGUUAUUUCUUAUUUAAAAUGUUCAAACGUCUUUACGCCGACCUCAUCCUCAGUUUCCAUGAUAAAAGAGACAGUGACAUGUCCAUUUCGAGUGGGUCACCACAGGAUGCCUUCAAACUAGUAGAGAUCGAGCUUGGGUUCAUGUUCGAUGUCCUUUACACUAAAGCAACCAUAAUACAUUCUCGGUUUGGUGUCUUUCUCCGUUGCAUUACCUUUUUGUCCUGUACUUUCACAUUGUUAGCCUUCUGGAUCAUCAUUGACAAGCAUGCUUACCCAAAGACUGACAUAACCAUAACAUACUUAUUGUUGAUCGGAUCUGUUUUUCUGGAGAUACAUGCUGUUAUUAUACUUAUUUUCUCGGACUGGACAAAACUCUGGUUGACUAAGCACAAAGAGGCACCGCUAGCUAAUCUCAUCUCCCGAGCUAUCUCUUCGUCUCGAUUAGUUUGGGCUUAUGAAAAGAGGUGGUCAGGAUUCAUGGCACAAUACAAUCUACUAGACGUAUGCCUCAGGAGUAAGCUGCCUUGUGACGGAGUCCAGAAGUUAUUGGGCAUCCAUGAAAUGCUAGAACAGUAUAGCAACAAGACUUGGGAGAAAGUGACAGUUGAAUUGAAAGAAUUGAUCUUCGAACAUUUGACACGACUCGAACAUUCAACAAGACACGGGAUGCAGUUCAAUAAUAGGCAGCGCCACGCCUCGAGAGGUCCUCCUUUACUUCAAAGUAAUAAUUACCUUGAUAAAUUUAGUUGGAGCUUGAUAGAUCAGGUAGAAUUUGAUGAAAGCCUUCUUCUUUGGCACAUUGCAACAGACCUUUGUUACCAUUCUGACCUCCACAAAUACCAAAAUGACAUUCAUCUCAAUCCAAAAUGCAAAAUAAGCAAAUCAUUAUCCAAUUAUAUGCUGUAUCUUCUAAUAAUAUGUCCUUUUAUGGUGCCCAAAGGGAUUGGAGAGAUUAGACUCCGUGACACUUGUGCGGAGGCCAUCAGAUUUCUCCAGCAGCGGAGAGGGUUCAUAUCGAGUGACAGAAGCAAUGCUCGCAUGCUAUUACUUCAGGUGAACAUACAUCGCCCUCCUUCUGAAAUGAAGGGAGAUAGAAGCAAGUCUCUGUUAUUUAAUGGGUGUAGACUUGCCAAACAAUUACAAUCACUAGUUACUGAAGACAGAUGGGACAACGAAGAGAAAUGGGCGAUGAUAAGCAAUGUGUGGGUGGCGAUGCUAUCUUAUGCUGCAAUUCGAUGCCGAUGGAAACACCACGGACAACAGCUUAGGCGAGGCGGAGAGCUGCUUAGUCAUGUUUGUCUUCUCAUGGCACAUCUUGGCAUGAGUGAACAAUUUCAGAUUCAAAGAGGCCAUGCACGUGUCGGAGUUCAUUAAAAUUGCAAAAGAAUUUCAAAUUCUGUAUAUUAUCUGAAGAAUGAAUUUACAAUUGUAUAUAUACAAGAUUUCAGCAACUGAAUUAACAAAUCAGAGAAUAAAAUUACAAUGU